GGGCGGUGUAAAUGAGAAUUUGUCUAACCGUAUAGCGUAGAUGUUUUUUUGACGGAAUGUAGAGUGGAUCCGGAGCCUUCCUUUAGAGUAAGAUAGAAUUUGUCCAAAUAGACAAUCCAACUGUUGGAAAUCCUGGACUUCACUUUUUCGCGAUGUUAAUGGAGAACGAGAAUAGUAACCCAAGUUUUAAAUUGGAACUCGAAACCUUCUCCUUCUCGAAGGCAUCUACCAUGGCUACUCUACGAAUGAUAGAUAUUGCAGUCAACUUUACAGAUAGCAUGCUCAAAGGAAUAUACAAUGGGAAACAGUAUCAUGUUGCUGAUAUUCAAGCUGUUCUGAAGCGAGCAUGGGCUGCCGGGGUUGAAAGAAUCAUAGUUACUGGCAGCUCACUUGAGGAAUCAAAGGAAGCUCUUGCGAUUGCAGAAUCAGAUGCUAGACUGUUCUGUACAGUAGGAGUGCACCCGACAAGAUGCAACGAAUUUGAUGAGAGUGGGGACCCAGAAAAGCAUUUUCAAGCACUCUUAUCACUUGCUAAGGAGGGCGUUCAUAAAGGAAAGGUGGUUGCCAUUGGAGAGUGUGAAUUGGACUAUGAUAGGCUUCAUUUUUGCCCUUCUGAUAUUCAGAAGAAAUACUUCGAGAAGCAAUUUGAAUUAGCAUCUAUGAUGAAGCUGCCUAUGUUUCUUCACAUGCGAGCAGCUGGCCAUGAUUUUUGUGACAUAUUUAAAAGGAAUUAUGAUCGGUGUUGUGCCGGUGUUGUUCACUCUUUCACAGAUAGUGCAGAAGAUCGAGACAAGCUUCUCUCAUUCAAUAAUCUUUUUAUAGGUGUCAAUGGUUGUUCAUUGAAGACUGAAGAGAACAUCGAGGUUGUUAAGGGCAUUCCUAUCAAUAGGAUGAUGAUUGAGACUGAUUCUCCUUACUGUGAAAUCAAGAACACACAUGCUGGGUCUCGUUUUGUGAAAUCUUUGUGGUCGUCUAAGAAGAAAGACAAGUAUGAUGAAGAAUGUCUCGUUAAAGGUCGCAAUGAACCAUGUUUGGUUAGGUCCAGCAAUUGUGUUUAGCGGGGUAACUAAUCUCAACUUGUAGGCAAGUAGUCGAGGUCAUUGCUGCCACUAAAGGCAUAGCUGACAUCGAGGAUUUUAGCAAAACAUUGUAUCACAACACUUGCAGGGUUUUCUUUCCUCAUGAUUUGGAUUCGGUGGCUGAUGCGCUUCUGGCUAGCAGUCACAAAUCAGUGUGAUGAACCAUUUGUUUGAGAGUUCUCUGCUAAUUUUGUAGUCUUCUACUUCAUUCCAAUCAUCGUUUAUGGUAGUACAUUCUGAAUGUACAUAUUCAUAUACUGUCGUGUGUUACUGAUUUUGCUACUUUGUUUUUUUGAUGACUCGAAGUUUUUUUAUAAAUUUAGAAUUUUGGAGGAAGCUUAAGCACAAGUCCACCAAGAAGUUUUUUAUGUACUUCAUUCCACAGAAUUGGUGUCUUAAUAUUAUUUCAGAUUUUCUAUUCCAGUAGUUGCAAUCCAGCUCUUCUUCCUGG